GGGAGGAGCAGAGGGUGGAGGUCCCCGGACAGGACGGGUGACCCUGCGCUGUGGGAGGGAGAAGCUGCAGUGACUCUGGGACUAAACUCUCCACAGCCGCAGUGCGCAGAGCCACAGAGCCACAGAGCCACGCAGACUCACGCAGAGCCACGCACAGAGCCACGCACACUGACGCACACUGCACCUGUGGGACCGCGCGCCUCACCUGAGCUGGCACCAUGUUCAAGAAGAAGAAAUCCACCACGAUAACGACGCCCAAGACCACGUUGACCGCUCCGUCUACAGAGCUCAGCAUUCUGAUCGAGAAGCUGCAGAAAAAUGCUGACAAAGUGGAGAAGAACAUCUACGAGGUGGAGCAGAACCUCAACAAGGAUGUGGCCAAAAUCAACGAGGGCAAACAGCCGCUGUACCAGGACGACACCAACAAACGCAUCCUGAACUCUCUGGAGCUGCUGACGGGGCUGGACGAGGACGCCACCAACGCCAAGAAGCUCCAGCACCCCCAGGCGGAGAUGAUCGGACAGGAUAUGAAGCAGCUCCGUGAGAGAGUCCUGAAGCUGAGAGAGGACCACGACCGCAUCUACCACCUGAUCCGCACCGAGGGCCGACCCACCAUCAACUGGGGCAACAUGAUCGACGAGAAACAGGACAACAUGACUAACAAAGGCUUCGGUCAGGACCUCCCGUCUGUGGAGCAGGAGCUGGAGGAGCACAACAUCUUCCACAGUGAAGUAGAAGCUCUGGCUCCUCACCUCACGAAGAGCGGAGACAAGGAGUACGUCAACAGCCUCCAGAGCAAGUACAGCAAACUCCUGGCGAGUUCCAGCACUCGGCAGAAGAACCUCCUGAGUCUGAGGGAUUAUAUGCAGCGCUGCACCAACGAGCUCUACUGGAUGGACCAACAGGCGGAGGAGAGGAUCAACUACGACUGGAGCGACACCAACCUGGACUAUCCUGCACGACAGAGACAGUACGAGAACUUCAUCAGUAAAUGUCUGGAGUCAAAGGAAGGAACCAUCACCAAACUGAACGACGACGGAGAGAAGCUCAUCGCCGCCGACCAUCCCGGGAAGAACGUCAUCGAGGCUCACAUGGGAGCUGUCCACGCCGACUGGAAGGAGUACCUGAACCUGCUCAUCUGUGAAGAGACGCACCUCAAACACAUGGACGAGUAUCACAAGUAUCACAAAGAGGCGCGGGACACUCAGGACCUUCUCCGCCGCCUGGACACGGAGGUCAGUCAGAAGUACAACCCCGAGUUCAAGGACGUGUACCAGACGGAGGGUCUGCUCAGCGAACUGGACGAUCAGUCUAAAGCUCUGGAGCACUUUGACGAGCGGGUCAAAGCUCUACAGAAGCGCGGCCUCCAGGUUCUGCCGCUCAAAUAUCGACGGGAGACGCCCCAGAAGCUGCUGCCCGUCGAGGCUCUGUGUGAACUCGAGACGGACGACGGUCAGAUCCAGCGUGGGGAGAGAUACACUCUACUGAGGAACAACGGCGCCAAGUGGGACGUGAAGGACGCGGCGGGAAAGAAGAUCAACGCCCCCGCAGUGUGUUUCAUGAUCCCGCCCACCGACCCCGAGGCUGUGGCCAUCGCCGACAAUCUUGCGACUCAGCAGAAGGCUCUGAAACAGAAGAUGUCGGGCAGCAGAGCCACACUCCAGAAACGCUACGACGAACUGAGGAAAGAGAGCACCACAGGAUCAGACUCUCAGGAGCAGCAGUGUCGUCAGCUCAUGGCCGGGCUGGAUAAGGUCGUCAGUGACUUGGACAAACAGGAGAAGGCCAUUUACAGCAAAGUGCGCCCCCCGCUGGAGCAAAACAGGCCACUGCAGGACAGCGCUGACCGUCUGCAGGACAUGAAGGACAUCGCAAACGCCGUGAGAAGGAUUGAGCCAGAGAAGAACUCCAAAGUCCAGGAAGCCAAGAGUUUCCUGGCGUCCAACUCCAACUGCGCCAGCGCCCCCCAACUGCACAGCAAAAUGGACGAGACCAACAAGAAGCACAACAAGGUCCUGGAGCUUCUGCAGUGCUCCCAGGAGAAGCUCAAGAACUCCAAUCAACUGGAGAACUCCCUGCAAAAUGGGAAAAACCUGCUGUCCAGCUACGAGAACAAGCUGGCCCGUGAGGAGCUCGCCCCGGCCGACAUCUCCUCUCUGGAGAAGACGCAGCGCGAGCUCGGAGACAUCGGCUCUGACCUGAGGACCAAGAGGUCAGCGAUCACAGAGACCGAGCAGAACCUGCGCCAGGCCAAGGGCAGCUGCGACACCAUGGCUGCCAAGUUCCAGGAGCACUGCGCAGACAUCGAGAGGCAGGAGGCCGAGGUGCAGAAGCUCAACAAGCGCUUCAACAACCUGAACCGACAAAUCGACACCAGGUCACAGUGUUUGCAAAGAGCUAAAAUGGCUUAUAAGAAUUACCACAACGACUAUGACAACUUGAACAACUGGCUGUCUCGUAUUCCAAACUACGAGCCACGUGAAACGGACACUGCUGUUCAAGUGGAGACAAAGCUGAAGAACCAGAAGAACCUGCUUUCGGACAUUGCUAGAAAGGAGUCAGAUCUAAACAAUGUCUCCAAAAAUGCCCAGCUUUACCAACAAGCUGUCAAAGACUAUGAGAACGAAACCGAGAAGUUCCGGGCUUUUCUUGACAUUGAGGAUGGACUUGUGCCGCAGACGUAUAAGAGGAGCAGACUGGAGUCCCCAGCGCUCACCGUCAAAGCCGAGGAAGCUGCCAUUGAAGCAAAGUUUACUGAGGUGAAUGCUGUCAACAAGCAAAAGCUGCAGAAUCUGGAGUUCACACACAGUCUCCUCAAUCAGCAACCAGAGGUCACAAUAAAGAGCACCAACCUCCAGUCAGUGCAGGCCACAGCCCCUGGAGAGGAGCCCUGGAGAAUCAGGAAGCAGCUCGAGGAUGAGGUGCAAAGACGCGAGCUGAUGGAGAAAGAAGUGCAGGCCAUCCAAUCUGAGAUCUACAGGCUUGAGGGACAGAAACCCCAGGAUACCAUUGUCAAGAAGGAGCUGAUCAAGAAGGUUCCUGACCCACAGCUCGAUGAGGAGGUUCAUAAAGUCCAGCAGAAACUCUCAGAGGAGCGUCGCACCACACACGUUCUAGAGAAUGACCUGGAAGUGCUCAAGCUCAAACUGCGCGGGCUAGAGACCGAGCUAAAAGAAGGGGCUCAACAGUACACAGUCAAAGAGGUGCUGCGUAUAGAGCGAGACCGCGCUCAGGAGGAGGAGAUCCGCAAGCUCCGUGAGGAACUGGAUGAGCUCAGGAGGCAUAAGAUUGUCAAAGACAACGAGCUGGUCCAAAUCCAGAAGCAAGUGGUGCUCCUGGCUGAGGAGAAGAACAAAGAACAGGAGAUCAUCACUGAAGAGGAGGUUAUAAAAGUCCAGAACGAUCCACAGCUGGAGACUGAGUAUCGUAUCCUUCUCGACAGAAGACAGAAGGAGAUGGACAACAGAACGCAGCUGGAGGAUGAGCUGACCUUCCUCCAGGAUAAACUCAAGAGGCUGGAGAAGGAGAAAGCCAUAGCAGAAGAAACCAUUUCCAUUAAAGAGGUCCUCAAAGUAGAGAAAGAUGUAGCUCUGGAACGGGAAGUAGAGAACCUCCGUAGACAAUAUGCGGAUGAACAGGCCAAAAGAAGAGCAUCACAGAGAGAGAAGACUGACCUUCAAAGAAAGAUCACCAGCCUGGAAGAGGAGAAGUCCAAGGUCAUUGUUCAAGAGAAGGUCCGUGAAAUUGUUCGUCCAGACCCAAAAGCUGAGAAUGAAGUGGCCAAUCUCCGUCUAGAACUUGUGGAGCACCAAAGACGCUUUAAAGACUCAGAGCUUCAGCUUCGAUCCUUGCAAGAUGAGCUGACCAUGCUGAGGAACCGGGGUCCCCAAGUGGAAGUGAGGGAAAUGAUCAAAGAAGUCAUCAAAUAUAAGACUGAUCCUGAAACUGAGCGUGAGCUGGAGAGACUCCGUAAUGAGAUAGUGGACAAAACACACCAGACUGAGAAGUCUGAGAUGGAAAUCCGGCAGCUUCGAGAUGACAUUCAAAGAUGGAGGGAUACCAAGCCCCAAGUGCAAACCAAGGAGGUGGUGAAUGAAGUUGUGCAGUUUAGAGAAGACCCCAAAACAAAAGAAGAAAUUGAGACUCUCAAACGAAAGCUGUCAGAUGAGCAGAGAAAACGUCUUGAACUGGAGCGAGAAAGAGCUGAACAAGAAGAGAGGAUCAGGCUGAAGAAGCUUGAUCUGUCCCAAGUUCGAGAGAAGAUUGUUCAACAGGAGGUGGUCAAGAUGGAGGAGGAUCCAAUUCUCCGAUCUGAGUGUGACACAUUCCUACAGAACAUCAACAAUGAGCAGAAGCAGAAAGAAAGCCUGAAAACUGAGCUUUACCAACUGCAGAGGAAGAUAGCAGACUUAGAUCUGCAGCUGGAGGAAUUGGAGCGAGAACGCAAAGCCAGACGUGACGCCGAGCUGGAGAUUCAGCGGCUCCGGAUCAGGCUGAGUGAGCUGGAGAUCCGUGAUAAGGAGAACCGUGAGAAAGUGACGGUUAAACAGAAGGUGGUGCUGCAGCAGGACCCUCAGCAGGAGAAGGAGCACUCCAUGUUGAAGCUCCAACUUGAUGAGGAGAGGCACAAACGCACUUUGCUGGAGAAGGAGCUUAAUGCUUUGAUCCAGCAGCAGAUGACGUUGGAGAAAAUAGAUAUAAAGGAGAGAGUGGUCCGUACAGAGAAAGUCCAAGUGGAAGCAGACCCAGAGGCUCAGCAUGAAAUUGAGACACUGAAGAGAACCCUCGAAGAGGAGAAAAGAAGAAAGCGUGAGUUGGAUGUGGAGUUGGCAAACCUCACUUCCAGAUAUUCUGAAAUGGAGUUCACUAACACCAAGUCCACCAAAGAGCUGGACUACAUCCGCGAUGAAAGCAGCCGGUUGCAGCAGGAGAAUCAGAGGAUGCAGAAUGAGAUCCGCAAACUGAGGUCUGAGAUUGAGAUCACCAGUAAGGAGACACGUCUGAUCACAGAGUCAGCCCCAAGAGAGGACGGCCGGACCCUGGAGAUGCGCCUGGACUCUCUGCAGAGGGAGCUGUCAGAUCUGCGUCGCAUCACGCUGCAGAAGGACGAGGAGAUUGAAAGGCUCCAGAAGAACCUGUCCGCGGUGCGCAUUAAAAGAGAGCAGCGGGAGAGCCACUUACGCAGGUCCAUUGUGGUCAUUGACCCCGACACAGGCAAAGAGAUGAGGCCAGAGGAGGCCUACAAGCUGGGCCUCAUCGACUGGAAGAUGUUUGUGAACCUGCAGAGUCAGGAGUGCGACUGGGAGGAGAUCACCGUUAAGGGCCCGUCUGGAGAGUCCUGUGUUCUACACGACCGCAAGUCGGGUAAAAAGUUCUCCAUUGAAGAUGCACUUCGAUACGGCCACAUCACAAAUUAUCAGUACCAACAAUAUUUAAAGAAAGAAAUCUCAAUCCAGGAAUUUGGUGUGUUGGUGUCAGGGAAAAAGUGAAAAGUGAUUUUUUAAAACUUGCUUUCUUUUCCUGUAUUCUGAUGCUUCCAUUUUGUGGUGAAAGAAUAGAAUUUUGUGCCAACUUUGUGCCAUUCUUAAAUGCUAUCUAUAUUUAGACUUUUUUUUGUCAAACAGGAGCGUUUGUUUACCUGCUUUACAUGUUUCAGCUGCUUCCUGUAGCCGUCCUCAGAAGCCUCACAUGAUGGUGUAGUGACGCUUGUCGGCUGUUUGAGUUGGUUAGUUGGACUUAUGCUUAUGCUCCUCACUGUCUGACGCCUUCUCCAGGACUGCAUCCUGUGUGUGUGAUAAAGUGUACGCUCCCUCUUCAACAUUUGUGCUUCUUGGACCUCGUUUGUGGACCUCUAUGGCCUCUUAUCCAGCAGUGGUGCUCUCUAUAUUUAUUUAUGCCUGAGAUGUGUUUUGAUUAUGAUGAUGAUUGAGCUGAUUAAUGAAUUCUUUUAAGAAACAAUAACAGCUGUUGAGUGGAGAUUUCUGGUGGUGUGUCCAAAAUUAUAAUAUACUUGGAAAUCAAAUGCAGCUUUAUGUGGGUUAUUCCAUGUUCUUAUGAUAUUCCUAAUAAGCUUCAAUAAAGUCCAUUCAAAUGAUAA